UGUUGUCGUGAGUGGCUGCGCUGCUAAAGGUUUACACUGCGAACAACAAAACAACCAAAACAACAGCGCGAAACAAACGUGUUCCGAGCGCUUGCCUCCAAAAAAGAUUUAAAUAAAUUAACAAAAAUGCCGAUGUCGUUCUUUUAACAGUCUGUCGUGUGCCAUUGCCGUUUUUGUGCGCCGUUUUUGUUUACCCAAAAAAUAAAUAAAUAAUAUAAACUAAACUAAAUGCAACGUCGUGUGCCUGAACGCGUCGCAAAUUACGCAAAGCCAGCAGAAUCAUUUAAAAUAUUAUAUUCCGCAUAUUGUUUAUCCCAGACCCAGUCCAGACCCAGUCCAGGCCAGACCAUCUAGUUUCGGCGGGGAGACCGACAUAAUAACCAUUAAAGCAAUUACAACAAUUAUAAACAACAAUAUCGAGAAUGAGCAAUACGAGGCGCAUGAACUUGAGAAACAAAUAGAAGCAUUCGUGAUCCAAUAUUCCGCCAUAUCCAGGUAUUAAUAGUGUCUAAAAUACAGCCUCUGUGCGGCAAAAGCAACAAGAACCACACCAUCUGCGGAUUCCACCUUCAUUCGGCAUUAAAUAUACGGAGAAUCAAGUAUUACCCGGGCUAUUCCGCUAGCUAUUCCGCGUAGUGGCCCCGUUUUUCCGAGUGGCAUAAGUGUUUGCAGAGAAUCACAUCAACCAUCUAGUCGCCUAGUUGCUGGCACACAUGUUGGGAAAAUUCACCUCAAACCAUGUCCAGGUAUACCAUCAGUACUCGAGACCAGCGCCCGUAAAGAAGCCCGUUAAGCACCAGCCGCGCAGUUGGAUCGAGACAAACUUCCAGAAGCGCGAGUGCAUCAAAUUCAUACCAUGCCCAAAGGACGAUACAAAAUGCUGCUGCGGCCAGGCCCAGAUCACACAUCAGACGAUACCGGGCAUCGACAGUGGCUCACCCGGCGACCUUUGGCUGCCCACGAAGCACACCCGCCCCCAGCCGACGGACGCGUAUGGCACCAUAGAGUUCCAAGGGGGCGCCCAUCCCACAAAGGCCCAGUAUGUCCGUCUGUCGUUCGACACGCGGCCAGAACUCCUGGUGCAGCUAUUCACAAAGGAAUGGAACCUGGAAUUGCCAAAACUUUUGAUCACCGUGCAGGGCGGCAAGGCCAACUUUGAUUUGCAGGCCAAGUUAAAAAAGGAGAUACGCAAAGGACUGCUGAAGGCGGCGAAGACCACAGGAGCAUGGAUUUUCACCGGCGGCACCAAUACCGGAGUCACCAAGCAAGUGGGCGACGCUCUGCUCCUGGAGGGUCAACAGCGGACAGGAAGAGUGGUCAGCAUCGGCAUCGCUCCCUGGGGCAUCGUCGAGCGAAAUCACGAGCUGCUGGGCCACAACCGCGAGGUUCCUUGCCACAGCAUUAGUUCGCCGAGAUCCAAGCUGGCGGUGCUCAACAAUCGACAUGCCUACUUCCUGCUGGUGGACAAUGGCACAAUGGCCAAGUACGGCGCUGAAUUGAUCCUGCGGCGCAAGCUGGAGAAGUUCAUAUCCAAUCUGAAACUACACCCAUUCACACAUUCCAGUACACCCGUCGUCUGUCUGGUGAUCGAGGGCGGCACCAACACGAUACGUGCGGUGCUCGAGUACGUGACGGAUUCCCCGCCGGUUCCGGUGGUCGUGUGUGAUGGAUCCGGUCGUGCCGCAGACCUGCUUGCCUUCGUCCACAAAUACGCGUCGGAUGGGGAGGAGCAGCCGGUGCUGGAGUCCAUGAGGGAUUAUCUCAUUGGAACCAUACAGAAGACCUUCGAAGUGGGGCAGGACCAAUCCGAGAAGCUGUACCAAGAACUGCUUCAGUGUACCCGCAACAAAAAUCUGAUUACCGUCUUUCGCAUACAGGAAAAGCCCGAGGGCGAAGCACAGGAGCUGGAUCAAACCAUCUUAACGGCCCUCUUCAAGUCGCAGCAUUUGAGUCCUCCGGAGCAAUUGAGCCUGGCCCUGACAUGGAACCGGGUGGACAUAGCGCGCAGCGAGAUAUUCGUCUAUGGACAGGAAUGGCCCAACGGCGCCUUGGAUGAGGCCAUGAUGCAGGCCCUGGAACAUGAUAGAAUCGAUUUUGUCAAAUUACUCUUGGAGAAUGGCGUUUCGAUGAAGAAAUUUUUAACAAUACCGCGCCUCGAGGAGCUCUACAAUACAAAACACGGUCCAGCCAAUACACUGGGUUACAUCCUGCGCGAUGUCCGACCGCAUAUACCCAAGGGCUACAUUUACACGCUCCACGACAUUGGUCUGGUGAUCAAUAAACUAAUGGGUGGAGCAUAUCGAUCCUAUUACACGCGCCGCAAAUUCCGGCCCAUCUACGCCAAGGUUAUGAACAGCUAUGCAAAUGCCUGUCGCAAGUCCUCGACGUACCAGUACCAGCGCUACGCCGGAGCCAAUUCCCUCAGCCUGGUCACUGGCCUGUUGCCCUUCACCUCGGAGAUGGCCCUCUUCGAGUUUCCCUUCAAUGAGCUACUGAUCUGGGCUGUGCUGACCAAGCGGCAACAGAUGGCCCUGCUGAUGUGGACACACGGCGAGGAGGCUCUGGCCAAGUCACUGGUGGCCUGCAAACUUUACAAGGCCAUGGCCCACGAGGCGGCCGAGGACGAUUUGGACACUGAGAUUUACGAGGAGCUGCGCUCCUACGCCAAGGAGUUUGAGAGUAAAGGGAACAAAUUGCUGGACUUCAGCUACCGACAGGAUGCGGAGAAGGCUCAACGCCUGCUCACCUGCGAGCUGCACUCGUGGUCGAACCAGAGCUGUCUCUCCUUGGCCGUCGCUGCCAACCACCGGGCCCUCCUCGCCCAUCCUUGCAGUCAGGUUAUCCUGGCGGACCUUUGGAUGGGUGGUCUCCGCACUCGCAAGAACACCAACUUCAAGGUCAUCUUGGGUCUGGUCAUGCCGUUGUACAUCAGGCAGCUGGACUUCAAGUCCAAGGAGGAGCUUCAGCAGAUGCCGCAGACCGAGGAGGAGCAUCUGGAGAACCAGAAUCUGGACAACGACGACUCGGACCGCUCCCAGCCGGAUGCUGAGAGCGCCCUAUUAAAAGCCAAAAGGUCCAUUUCCUUGAGAUAUAGGAUGGGCGCGGGUGCAAAUAAUCGCGACAAGGCUCUAUUGGCGGAUACUUACUCAGUGCGCGAUACAAAAGUACACGAAAAUGGCAAAGUUAAUCUCACUGCUGGAGCGGAAGAACAGCCCUCCAAAGUCUCGCUCACGGACUCGGAUCCUGCCCAGUUCAGGGAGUUCUUUAAUCUCUCGGAGUACAACGAGGUUAAGCAGCACCAGCCACUCCGCCUGAAGAAGAAGUUCUACGAGUUCUACACGGCACCCAUUACCAAGUUCUGGGCCGAUUCGAUUGCCUACAUGUUCUUUCUGAUAAUGUUCUCCUUCACGGUGCUGGUGAAGAUGGAACCGAUGCCGAGGUGGCAGGAGUGGUACUCCAUUGCAUAUAUCACCACCCUGGGCUUUGAGAAGGUGCGGGAAAUAAUAUCCUCGGAACCUGUGGCCAUUACGCAUAAAUUCUCGGUGUGGGCGUGGAAUAUGUGGAAUCCUUGCGACGGCGCUGCCAUAAUACUCUUUCUUAUCGGAUUGACAUUUCGCUUUCGUUUCAAUACGAUGGAUAUUGGUCGAGUCAUUUACUGUGUGGACAGCAUCUACUGGUACCUGCGCAUCCUUAAUAUCCUGGGUGUCAAUAAGUAUCUGGGUCCCCUGGUCACCAUGAUGGGUAAAAUGGUCAAGAACAUGAUAUAUUUCGUGGUCCUCUUGGCCGUCGUCCUGAUGAGCUUUGGCGUCAGUCGACAGGCCAUCCUUUUUCCCGACAAGCAGCCCACUUGGGGUCUAAUCAAAGAGGUCACCUUCCAACCAUACUUUAUGUUGUACGGAGAGGUGUUCGCCGGCGAUAUAGACCCUCCCUGCGGCGAGAAUCCUAGCCAGCCGAGCUGCGUUACGGGACAUUGGGUGACGCCGAUAACGAUGUCCAUGUAUCUGUUGAUUGCCAAUAUUUUGCUUAUAAAUCUCCUCAUCGCCGUGUUCAAUAAUAUCUUCAACGAGGUCAACUCGGUGUCGCAUCAGGUGUGGAUGUUCCAGCGAUUCACCGUGGUGAUGGAGUACCAGCAGAAGCCCGUCCUGCCGCCGCCGUUCAUCUUCCUGUGCCACUUCUACUCCCUGCUCAAGUACUGUGUGCGAAAGGCGAAAGGAUUGGAGGUGCAGCGGGACAAUGGUCUCAAGCUCUUCCUGGAAAAGGACGACCUGGAGCGACUGUACGACUUCGAGGAGGAGUGCGUCGAGGGCUUCUUCCACGAACAGGAAAUCAUCCUUAACCAGUCGACCGAUGAACGGGUGAAGAACACCACCGAGCGUGUGGAGACGAUGGCUCAGAAAAUCGAGGACAUCAAUCAAAAGGAGAACAUUCAGACCGCCACCGUUCAGAACAUUGAGUUCCGUCUGCGAAAGAUGGAGGAGUCCUCGGAGCAGAUACUCUCCCACCUGGCGGUCAUACAUCGUUUCAUGUCCACACACACUGCCGGCACGGAUGAUUUGCGCGGCUCGACGAUAAACAUUCCGGGGGAGUUGCACCGCAUGCGCACCAUUUCAAUGUCGGACACCGAAGGAGGAGGCAUUGGUGGACCUGGUGGCGGAGGCGGAGGAGGUCCUGGUGGAAAUGGUGCUGGCGGUGGAGGUGGAGCUUUGACACUGGGCGCUGGACUGAAUUUAAAUUCGCUGCAGGAGUCCUAUAGCUUGAAAAACAUUUACUGCAAAUUCCCUUUUUUGAGCUGUGACAAUCCUGUGACCACUCGGAGGCGUUUCAAUCGCUCGCUGACCGAGGUCCGGCCAGAUGCCUACAUCUUCGACGAGGGUACCCACUUUGAGGUGGUGCCCCUGCCCGAGGAACCGGACGAGGUGGUCAAGUCCCGGGAGGCACUCAACGAGCAGAUGGUGCGCAAGGCGUCAAUGAUAUCGGAGGCGGACUCGGACCUCUAUCUGCCACUUUCGCAACGUCCCUCGACCUGUGAGACGGUGAAGCGUACACCGUAUGUCACUGUGCGCCAGGACACCGGUGCCAGCACGGAGAGCAAGGACACUCUGACGCCGCUGGGCAACAACGACGAUGACCAGACGCUAGUCGGGGGGGACAACUCCGAUGAUGCGGCUCCCGACAUCAGCUUUGAGGCUGCCAGGCACCGGGCGAUGCGACAGCGCACUGUCUCCUUGUGCCGCCGGAAUUCGGAGACGUACUCCCUGACCGGAGCGGACAUCAACCGGUCGCACAUCAGCCUCAACCAGCUGGCUUCGCUGUCGCGCCGGCAGAUGAGCCUCACCCAAUCGGAGCCGGACAGCGACAAGGACGCCCCGGCUGCCCCACACCCGGGUAAAUCAGUAUUGCAUGCGAAACCCUCCAGAAAUAUCUUGCUGAAACUGCACAGCGAGUACACCUCGAUCACUGACGAGCUGGAGAGUGUCUGCCACAUGAUAGCAUCGCCCACCGUCUCCCUGCAGAGCAACAAAGCUUCUCUCGACCGCCCCAAGACGGAAAUGUCACGGGCCGAGGCGGCCGCAGCGCUGGAGAAGAAGCAUCUGAAGGAGUGCGAGGAGAAUGACUACAAGAUCCUCGAGGGACUGAUAGAAGCACGCGGCUCCAUCGAUGCCAGUGCUCAGGUCUUUGAGAUUGGCGUCUCCAUCGACUACAGCCAUCGGUAUCCGCUGCGUCGUGAAACAGCCGUCGAACUGUCGCCUUCGAAGCCCUCUGUUGAGGGCGACCUCCUGAGCGGCGGAGGCGGAGGAGAGGGAGGUGGCGGCGACAGUAGCGACACCAGCGGAGCCGGCAGCUGCGGGGCCAUGGUCGUUGCCGCCAGUGGAUUUCAGUUGAAGAACGAACGUCCCUGGCAGCGGAACUCUUCGAUGGAACAGCAGACAUACCCCUCACCGUUGGUGCCCACUCGGGCCACCAGCGACUUUCUUAAUCCACCGUAUGAGGGAACCGGGCGGCUGUUCAAGAAGUCCAGCGAAAGUCUGCAAAAGAACUCUAGCACGGAGACGGACUACUCAGCGCAUCCGUAUCGCUUCAUCAAACAGAGCUCCAAUGAGACAAACACCUCGCUGACCGGAAGCUACAACGUGGACACACCAUCCCUUACAGCAGAGCCCUCGUUGGACGCCGGGGACUCGCACUCGGCGACAGGGAUUAGCAUCAGCGUUGGACCCGCCGGCGGCGGCACUGCCACGGCGCGUUACCAGCCCAUUAGAACAGCAUCCGUGGGCGCGGCCGAUGGGCGGCGGCUGCGAGACGAGAGCUCCAGCUCGCUGGAUCUCAGCUCGGGGCCAGUGACGACGCAGGCGCAGGCGCCGGCGGUGCCAUCGCGACCGAUGCUGCUGAAGAAACAGUUUAGCGUGGACCAGGGCAAGCCGGCGCAGGUAUCCGCCGCUAGUUCGGACACGGCAUCCACAGCUGCACAGACGCCGGAGGCUGCCCAGGUUGGGGCCAAACUGAUUUCCACGCUGAAACCCUUUGCCAGCAAGCUCGGCAUGAAUGUGCUCAAGGAGAGCAGCUCCAGCACCGAGGAGUCCGCCGGCUCGACCUCCGCCAAGAGCAGCAACCCGGCAUUAGCCAUUCCUCAGAUCAGUACGCAUCUGGUGCAGGACGAGAUCGCCAAGCUGUCGUCGAACAUCAAGAGCAGCACCGAAUCGGAAAAGGAUCCGCCCUUCAACGAGACAAUGUGUUAGCACAUUUCUCUGCGGGAAUUACUUAAGAAAGCUGGGUGAUAACACUGCUGGAUAACUAGGUUAUAUCAGAUGAUAGAUUAUCAGAUUAUAUAUAUGAAUAGAGAAUAUUGGAAGGAAUCGCAGGUCGCGGGUUAGGAGCGUGUUAAUGAUUUUGACAAUACAUAGUUCACAAAUUCUCUGUAUUUUUAUACAAGUAUUUAUUUAGAGAGCGUCAUUGUUGUUAUUGUUAGCCAGCUCCAGCAGGAGCAUAUAGGAAUUUCGUUUUAGUUUCGAAGAAACCACCAAAGAGAGGCGUAUGGGAGGAGGUAGGAGGAGGAGGCCUGGCACAUAUUCAUUUUAGAGAACUCUCCUAGUUGUAGUCAGUCUUGAACAUAUUGUUGCAUGCAACUGUCACUCAGACAUAUCUGGAAGCAGCCACUCUACUUUAUCAAUGGAAAAAAAAAACAAAAAAACCGAUUGUACGCACUUACCUCAACGCAAUUAGUUACUUAUCGCAGCCCAAAGUACUUGCAACAUUAUUGUAUCUCUGCGGAUUCCAGGAAUCCCAGGCUAGAAAUCCAAUUUUCGCUACGAUAUCAACCCAACUCUCCUCCAAUAUAUAUAUGUGCGGCAUUAUCGUCUACUUAGAUAGUCCAUUUUACCUUCUUAUAUGCAUAUAUAUAUGAAUAUAUAUAAAUCAAUGUUUAUAUGUAUGUAUGUGAAGAGAAGUUAAAUCGAGUUUUCUGUGUACAAGUACAGCUGCCAUUUUAGGCGGCCUAGUUAUAAAAUAUACCAAGAAAUAUGUAAAUAUAGACUAAAUGUUAAAUAUGAUGAGAUCGCUAAUAAAUUGUUCAUGUUUGGCCCGUGUGUGCUAAUACUAUAAUUAGUUUUUAACAUAUUUUCAAGGUUUACGAUUAACAAUGCAUUUUAAUAAAGAAAGAAAUUCAUGAUUGUACUUAUUUAUUUUAAGAAUUGUAUGUUAUUUUUAUUGAAAUAAAUUUAAUAACACUUUAAGUAUUUGAAAACUGAGACUUCCUGUAACUUGAGCAGCGCACAUGAGGUAUUUUUUAGUAAGUCCCCUUUACACCCAGGUGAAAUGCAUUUUCGUGGAAAGGCUAGUCGACUCAUUUAUUAAUGAUAUCAUUUUAGAGUUCUCUACACACUGGACUUAUGAAUAAACAACCUUAUCAGUUGACGGAAAUGAGCAAAUUUCUUUUAUUUUUGUUUUCAUUUAAGUUUACUUAAUGAAAUACUCUAGUAUUGUACAAAAGUAGGUUCUAAACAUGUUUCGGUUUUACAAUUUACAAAUUAUAAAGUCUUUUACGUCGCCAUGUACAUUUAAUUACAGCUAGGAGGAAUCUAUUUAAACAACGUCAUUACACAUAAGAAUUAUUUUAAAGUUUUUAAUAAAUAUUUACAACAAAUGGCAUUAUGGCUGGUUAGCAUACAUGGGACUUUCGUAUAAAUUAAAUUGUAGACUACAAAAUACAAGGCACUUAGCGUAAACCACUAGAAAUUCAAACCAACAAGAACAU